UAUCUCUUCUUUAUGUGUGUUUAUCUUAUCUAAUUUAAGGGUUCACAUUUCAGAAGAAGCUGUAAAACCCACUGUCAUUUUUCAAAGUCAAGGUGUGCAUUAUAAAUGCAAUGGAUAUUAGGCAUACUCUUGAUUCUUGAACUCCUUGUUCUCCCCGUCCGCUUGCUUUUCAGAUAUUUUUUCAAGCUUUUUCGAACCGCCUAGGAUAUCAUCACAGCAAAUCCAUUGCCACAAUGUCGGGUCAUUCUGCCGACUUAAUACAUAUGCUGAGAUAACCAAUUAAAUGUUUUACUCUUUAUUUCAGACGUUUAUAACGUAGAAAAUCAUAUGCUAGUGUAAAGCUGUUGGCCAAUUGACUGCCUCAUGUCGAAAAAUAUUUACCCGAAUACGAAUAAUAUUACUUAAUAUUGAUUUUAUUUUUUCCUUCAUAUUUUGCAGGAAAUGCAACAACGCAGUGCACUGGUUAGCAUUGAGGAAUUUCCCGAGGCGGCCACAGCGAAUAACAUCCGACAAAGACUUGAGGAAGUUUUCAGCGAGUGGUGCGGAGAGGUUGGAAGGGGAAAGGAUUGUGUCAUUAUUUUCGGAGUUUCCGACAACGGAGCCAACGUAAAAAAAGCACUGCUCGACGCCGCGGAUGAAGGGAAGAUAUUUGGAUGGGUUUCCUGUUUUGCCCACAAUCUAAACCUAACAGUUCAACACGCCGUGAAGACCCAAAGAAACGUCGCCGACGGGCUUACCAUCCUUAGGAAGGUGGUUUCCAAAGUCCUGAACUCCACUCCAAUCAAACGCAGGUUCGAAGAACUGCAAAGGCUUCAUUACCCAGGAAGGAGGCAGCAUUUACAACUACAUCCCGAUGUCCCGACAAGAUGGAAUUCGGUACUAACAAUGCUUGAGUCCAUCUUGCCGCAACGCUUGGCUGUCGAGGCGUUGAUCCAAGAUAGGGUGAUGCAAUCUCACCACGACAUAGUUCUCCCUCACGUCUUCAAUUACUGGACUGAUGUAUGUGACGCCAUGGAGGAGCUGGUCAAGAUUCUUCGGCCAUUCCAUGAGGCGACGUUGAUUUGCAGCCAAGAGAAAUCGACCCUAUCAUCCUACGUCCCGACAUCGAAGGGUCUGUCGGUGUCGGUAACAGGCGCUCCGGCUGAAGGUGUUGGUUCAACCAAGGAUCUGCUGCUGAAUGGUUUGAAUAAGAUAACGGCGGAUCGAAUUCUCCGAGAAGGCAACUGUCACGUCUACUUUGCAGCAACUCUUCUUGACCCACGGUACAAAAAGAAGUUUGUGCCACGAGAAAGACUUGAUAGAGUGAUCGCGUCCCUGGUCGAGGCAGCUGUCUUCAUGGCAAAGGAUGAUGAGAUAGGUCAGCAGAACGAGGAAGGGGAUCUCAGCGACACACAGCAAUAUCCCCGGGAUGAUUUUCAACCAGACGAUCCAGUGCGUGAUUUCAGCGAUGACGAAGCUCAUGAGGUACACGAUGACGAUGUUGCUGUUGAGAGCCAAGCGUCACUGAUGGCGAGUAUUGUGGCUGCAGCUACUGACGACGAUGACAACGGUACAGCCGAUCGGGCUCAGAUGCUUUCUGUGAAGGAGCGCGUCAACGCCGAAUUGACACGCUACAUCAACGAACCGGCAAUAGAAACCACAGCAAGCACUCAAGCAGUACUGAAAUACUGGCAACAAAGCAGACAGUCAUUUCCAAUUCUUUCACGGAUAGCUAUGUCGUACCUCGCUUGUCCGAUGUCAAGUGUGUCUUCGGAGAGAAUGUUUUCUCUGGCUGGCAACAUUCUCACUAAAAAGCGAUGUGCUAUGAAAUCAGGGAAUCUCAACAAGUUGGCUGUGAUCAAGGUUAAUCGCCACUAUCUUCAAUAAAUUGAAACAAUCGUAAACGUAAACGAAAAUAUGAAUCUAUUCUGAUUUCAUACAUAACGUCCAUUUCUUAAAAAAAGAACUACAUUUCUACAACUUUCAGUCUAUUCCGGUAUUGUUUAUUUAUGUUUUGCUGAAUAUUAUAACGUUAAACAGCAUCUUCAUUUUCAAAGAACUGAUGUAUCAAAAUCAUGUUUUGCUUUUGACAUGCGUUGAAGAAUUGAAGUCAAAAUCAUUUUUAAUGUUAGUGUUACAUAUUAUGGUCAAUAAAAGUGUGGCAACUUUUUGGUCUUAAAUAAGAUACAGUUUGUAGAAAAGUCAGUGUAAGUCCAUGGUCAACCCAAGUUGUAUUAAAACAGAAUACAUGCAGACUUAAGUCAUCUCAGGUAAAUUUUCAGAUUUAAAAAGGAUUUGCUUGUAAGAGUACUCCGGGCUGAAAAUAAUUUAUUUUAGAAUAAAUAGAUUAAAGUUCACCGAGCAGAACGCUGAAAAUCUCAGAAUCUGAUCACAAAUAACAAAAUGACGUCACGAAGGAAUGUGCUAUAUGGACUCAUCAAGGCUAAACAUUUUUUGUUUCACCUAUGCCUAAGAAAUAUUUCAUAAAAUGUGAUAAUCAUUAGUGGAUAAAAGUAAAUUCGUUGGUGUACCAACAAAAAUGUUUUUCAAUAAAGUUUGAAAUUAAUAUCAUUGCUUCAAGUUCAUUCUGUAAUACAUCCAUUUAUUCUUAAGCAGCCCUCUGCUAUUUCCUUCUUGCAUUAUCGUCUCUAGUGGGUGAGUGAUUUGUAAAUUAAUUAGCGAACAUGACGAAAGAGGGGGAAAGCGAAGGAGAGGAGGCUGCGGGGAGGGGGAGAUACGUAGAAAAAAGAGUGUGAACUGUGAACAAGGAAAAAAAUGGUGGGGUGGGUGACAUGAAGAAUGAGUGGAUAUGAACGGAAGAGAGAAACUUAACAGUGAAGGUAUGGUAUCUUAAGUUAUAUGUAAGCUUUUAAUGAAAUCGUUCUUAAUACAUAUAUCUAUAAGUUAAUAAGUUAGAACGGUGGAUUUUUUUUAAAAGAGUGAGUGCAUGUACCUAAAACAUAUACUCCACGCAAAUAAAAUCUAUUUUAAUUUUCCAUUGAAAAGAAAAGUAGAGCGAGCAGUACUGUGACUAUUAUCGCAGUUAUCUUUUUAAUUCACAUCACAGACAUGACAGAGUUUUGGUACAAGUAGUUUGAGAGAACAUCUGAUUCCGGCAAUUAUACUCGCUAGCUGAUCUGCUUAUUUCCUCCGCUCAGCUUCCCUCGUCCAGCUCUGCAAGUCUUCACUCUUCCCUUUUUGUAUGUAAACAAUUGCCCCUUGCCACCGCGCCACGUGUUUCUCGCACGUGACAAGACUCGAAGAUUUAUGAUAUGCUGGCCGGUCGACCUCCAAACAGCCAAAUAGAAGGGUGACACUCGCGUGGUGUUUGAAAUUAUCUCAGACUGCGGUUAGAUAAUUCGGUAAUCAUGCCCAAGAGAGCGGUGAUAAGAGAACUUUAUCUCAAGUGGAUUAAGAUAAGAAUUGUAACAACCCAAAACAGACACAUUGUUUCGUUCCGCUUUCACUUGAUUGACAUGAUUCCUUUCAUUCGCAUGCUACAUGUAUUCUGUAGUUUUCCCCCUUUCAUGCAGGCAUAAUUAUGACCUCUUAGCAUAAUUUCGAAAGUUGGGUACGAACAAACAUGAUGUAGAGCUAUUAUGUUUCGUAUUAUUUAUCAGGUGGUGGGGGGGCGGUUACCACUCAAAAUCUGACAGAUUUUCACUAAUUUUACAGAUUCACGGCCAGAAUUAAUUAACUG